AUGGCCCUUUCCAGCAUCAGCCGCGAAACGUUGGAAGAGCAUUUGAAGCCGCUUAUCCGCAAGCAUCCAAAUGACACAGGGCCACAGCUGCUUUGGCGCCUUCAGCGCGAAGGCAUCCUACUGGAUCCGCUCCACGAUGCUGCGCGUGUCCGCACCUUGGCUCGGGAGCUCAAAGGACCACUGGCGGAAUCUGCAGUUGGCCUGGAAGGUGCCAUAGGCAAGCUGCUCCAAAUGCAGAGUAUGUCUGCAGAGCAGCCAGACUGGGAGGCAGCAGCAUCCGGGGGCGCCAGCAUUGCGGACUGGCCUGAGUUUUUCAUGGAUGAGCUUGCUGACGUUCGUGGAAAGAAUCUCGACUGGUUUGCCGCAGCGAAGAAUGCUGAGAAUGCAGCACCAAGAUCAACCAAAGCAAAGUCACAGAGGGAGCGCAACGAACGCCGCAAAGCAAAGCAGCGUGCAAGCGCAUCGUCUGAGGAGAUCAGCGGUCGUGAGUCGAAACCUGCCGCGGUCGUCGAGCCCACGCACAUUGAUGAACUUUAUAUUUGGCUGAUCGAUGCUUACCGCAUGCGAUGCCAUGACGAUUUACAGUGGCGUGGUGGAAUCCGCCGUGGCGUUUACGAGCAGAUGGUCCGUGUGGAGAGACGCCUGUGCCGGUUGGAUGAGGGCGGGGUGCUUUCAAAGGAAACGUUGUCCGACCUGGAGCGCAUCACCGUGAACGGCGUCCGGUUUGUUGUCGAGCGAUUUUUCCUUUACUGCAAGCUGGUCGAGCAGCGUGAGAAGUAUCCACCUGAGUUUGAUUUCAGAAAGCUGCUCGCGCUAGCACAAAAACUGCUUCCUAAGCGAUUUCAGAAAGAUCACGCCAAGUUCAAGUAUGGAGAUGAGAAUGCCAUGAGCGCAGACAGGCCUUCCGUGAGACGUUUUGCCGAGAGCAUUUACGGCAACACAAUUCAGCAGAUGCACGAGAAGGAUGCGCAAGGAGCAGGAGGGCCUGACACGGGUCCUUCUUUCGACCCACGGCCCCACGAGUACAAUGCCGCACAUCGUUACCCUGAAGAUGUAUGCCGCCUCUGGGAGUCCAUCCAACGCUUUUUUGAGGCCGGUGUGGCGGGUGUGCACCCCUGGCGUCAACUCUUUGAGUCGUUAGAUUUGGUUGGGGACAACUUCGGCCUCCCACAUGUCUCUCACGUCGACGAGCAUGUUCCGCUUGGCUCAACGGUCAUGGUCAAAUCACUUCGCGGAGUACAGCCACUUGGCCCGAAUCAUUAUCGCCCAGUGGACCUCAACGGUGCCUUGGGCACUUUAGUCAAAGUCGUCUCAUCGAGAAAUGACAGCGAGCCUCGCUUCCAGGUAGUGAUCGGCGAUGGUACCCAAGUGGCGCUAAAGGCCCAAAAGCUAGAAUUGAAUAUCGAGAAGAAGGGGGAGAUGAGCGCCUACGCAAAGAUGAUGCUCAACACUGCAGGCCGCGGUGAGCUGGCUGCAGACAUUGGCGGCUACUCGUCAUUGUCGGAGUCCGAAGAGGAGGGUUCGACCCCGAGCGCGCGCUCAGCGGCUUUCCGCCGCCAGCGAGGCCUCGAAAACAUCGGCGAGGCAAGGCGGCUGGAGGAGGGCAAGCGGCAAAGAACGGGCAAGCGUAUGUAUGACUUUUCUGAAACACAGGACCCAGACGGAGAGCUGCUUGGAAGUGUGGUCACGCUCGCAGGCCUGAUCAACAGCACUGAGCUGAACGGGUGCCGCGGGAAGGUGAUUGCAAAAAAAGCGGAAGGGGAAGGCGAAGGUAAUGAGGUACGCUUUGUGGUCGAACUCGAGGGCGAGACAAAAGAGCCGAAGGUGGUGGUUAAACGCCGCCACCUGCAGUUUGUGGAUGCACGUGCUGUUUGGGAGCACGAAAAUGCAGCUCAUGGCAGGACCAAGGGCCGGGGAAAGGGAGCGCUGCCGCAGCCAUCUCAAAACAAUGCUUCAGAAGUGAUACCGGAGAGGGCUGAAGCCUCUGGCACGUCUGCACAGCAGCCAACAGCAAAGAACGAGGGCAGGCCCAAGGCGAAGGCCAAGGCUCAAGCGAAGUCUACGCCAGAGCCUGUAGACUGGAAGAAGAUUUUUUCGACAGAAGAUUCUACACGACUGCGAGACAUGGUGCUGCAAGAGGUUGACGGUAUGUCUGGUAGCCGCAUUUCCGCAAGACAGGUAGAAGAUCGCUUGCGCGCCAGCAGCUCCACGUUGCUUGAUGUUGCCAAGCGCUACGUGGACCAUGCAUUCAAAAGCCGAAUUAAGUAA